AUGGCAGUGGAAUUUGGGGACCAUGCCAGUGGCUUCCGACACAACGAGGUGAUCCGAUUCAUUAAUAAUGAAGUCCUCAUGAACGGAGGUGGCCCAGAGUUCUACAUGGCCUUUCGCUCUCGUCCCUGGAACGAGGUGGAGGACCGGCUUCGCACUGUUGUGAUGGACCCGCAGGUGCCUCGUGCCCUCAAGAGGGCGUGCACCUGGAGCGCCCUGGCCCUGGGCGUGCGAGUGGUGGCGAGGCAGCGGGAGCAGCAGGGGCGUCGGGUCCGUCGGCUGCAGGAUCAGGUGGAGGAGCGCGAGGCGGCUUGCUGGGCUUUGGCUUCCGAGUUGCAGCAGCUGCGUGAGGAGCGUGAUGAAGUGGUUACACAGUUGCUCUUCACCCGGGCUGCCUUGCAGCAGGCAACGAAUGAGUGUGAUAUGCUGCGUGGGAGGCUGUUCCAGGUUGAAGGGUUGACACAGGUUACCCCCCUGGUCCAUGCUAUAGUUCCUGGGCUGCGAGCCGAUCAAUUUGGCCCUGCAGUUUGGCCCCUGAAUGCAGAGCAGCAGAGAGAAGUGGGGGCCAUAGGGAGAAACGACAGGGUGUGUUUCGAGGCUCCAACACCAGCUCCGACAACUGUCCUUUAUGUGCCGGGACACCCGAGUCCCUGGGCCCCGCCCAUGCAACCCCCUCUGCAGAUCCCAUUGCCGUACCCAAUCCCUUUCCAGCCACCAUUACCAGUGGGAUUCCCGUACUUGCCACCUCCAACACCUGCAGUAGUCAUGGAAGCAGAAGCAGGAGUAGUCCCACUUCACAUGCCACCUGUGGGGAUCUAUCCACCUGGUCCCUGGGUUGCAGGGGGCUUCCAGAAUGAAAUGGCCCCUCUGAGUGACCAGAGAUACUAUGUCCAGGCAGAAGGUCCUGUGAACCUUCAGGAGUCUGUCCUAGGGGACAACAGAAGCCUCAGUCAAGCAGGUCUAGAGAGACCCCAGGUGACGCCUCCCCUGGUCAACAUGGGGAACUAUAGCCAGGAAGGAGGCCCACUGAGGCAUCAGGGGACACUUUCCAUGGUCAAUUCUGGGAAGCACAAUGCAGAAGAAGGUCCACAAAGGUCCCAGGGAAUGCCUGCUUCUGGGGACAGUGUGUGCCACAGCCAACAGGAAGGACCAGAGCAGUUUCAAGGGAUGAACCCCCUGGUGAACAGAGGGAGUCACAUCCAGGAAGAAGGUUCGGAAAUACCCCAGGGAUUGGUCUCCCUGGGAGACAGAGGGACCCAUAGCCAAGAAGGUCCACAAAGUCCUCAGGGGAUGGUCCCCCUGGUUGACAUAGGUAACCACAGCCAGGAAAAAAGUCCACAAAUGUCCCAGGUAACAUACCUAGUUGAAGAAAAUGGGCACCACAGCCAAGAAGAAGAUCAACAGAUGUCAGAGGGAAUAUAUUCCCUGGAGCACAGCAGAAGCCACUGCCAGGAAGAAGGUUCAGAGAGGUUCCAGGGAAUGGCACCCCUUGGAUUUAGUGUGAGCCACAACCAGGAAGAACAAUAUCCAGAGAGAGUCCAGAGGAUAACACUCCCAAGGUUGAACAGAAGAUACAGUCUGGAAGAAGGUGCAGAGAGGCCCCGGAAAACCACUGUGUGGGAAAGCUGGAGUCAAGCUAUGAGAGAAAGCCCAAGGAAACAGCACAAGGCCAAGCAACCACAAGGUAGAAGAGCCUUGGGUUCCUACCAUCAGGAGAAGUAUGCAUCACGCUACAGUCAAGAGAAUUGGAUCUGCCUAUGGUGUAAAGCGAUGAAUUUUUCAUGGCGCACAAUUUGUUACAAAUGCAAGGAAGCCUGUGUGCCAGUUGAGGGUGGAGGUGUCAACACAGGACAAAUUCACUGA